AUGGAUGCAAAUGUCCAGCGGAUCCUGAGCCUACAGGCUGUUCGUGAGAAGUCCCAGAUUGUGUUCGGUCUUGCCAAACAAGGUCUUCUAAACCACUUUGACUACCAUGCCGAACGUUUAGAUGCGGCUGUCGAUUAUGUCAUUGGGAUUAUUGAGCGUGACUUCGGUCCGGACAGGUACCACGAAAUCCCUCCUCACGGUCGCUGGCAGCAUUUCGAAGUUGGUGGUGUGCCUAGGGUAGCCGAACUUAUGAAAAGAUGGGACGAGCUACGAUACGAUAAUUUUGAAAAGGUACGCAGCCUAAUCGACUUGUUUUUCGUGUCCGUUUUGCUCGAUGCGGGAGCGGGUGAUCGGUGGUCGUUUCGAGAGCCGGAUAGCGGAAAUAUUUAUACGCGAAGUGAGGGGAUUGCAGUGGCCUCUCUAUAUAUGUUUUUAAAUGGCGACUUUGCCAAUAAAGAUUCCCCAAGGAAGGAUGUUGUACAUGGAGAGGCAUUACGAGACAUGAGUAUCGAAACGUUAUAUCGUGGCUUUCAAAUCGACGAGGAUAAAAAUCCUCUAGUCGGCGCAAGCGCUCGGGUUGAGAUCAUCCAGAAGCUUGGGAAAUCGAUGCUAAACCAUGAGGACAUUUUCGGGCCGAAAGGUCGCCCAGGUUUACUUGUGGACUGUCUCACCAGCACUGGUGGCGACAAAGUUGACUAUUCUCUCCUCUGGAGUAUCUUACAAAAAACUCUCAUCCCAAUCUGGCCAUCCGACCGGACGAGAAUUGCAGGAAAUCUAGUUGGAGACGCCUGGCCGCUAAGCGUACUGGCAAAAGAUCGAUCCAUUCGCACACAACCUCCCGAAACAGCUACAAUCCAGCCGUUCCAUAAACUAACUCAAUGGCUUGCAUAUUCCUUGAAAGUUCCUUUCGAGCGCUUGCUCUCGCUGUCUUGGACUAACGCCGAGCUGGGGACGGGAUUGCCCGAGUACCGAAAUGGAGGGUUGUUUGUUGAUAUGGGGGUUCUAACUCUUAAACCGGAGGCGAUGGAGAAGGGGCUACGUAUUUCAAGGAGCGCUUUACCGUGCUUUGGAGCGGGAGACGAUGAGAUCGUCGAAUGGCGCGCAAUGACAGUAGCGCUGCUCGACGAGCUCCAUCAGCGUAUAUUAUCGAGUGCACGAUUUGGCGAUGUCCGGCUAUCUCUUCCCCAGGUUCUGGAAGCCGGUUCAUGGAAAGCCGGUCGAGAGCUCGCUGCCGCAAAACGUCCCGAGACAAAGUCCAGUCCCAUCUUGAACUCGGGUGAUGGUACCUUAUUUUAG